AGUUGGCAGUGCGCAAAGUAAAUUAUACUAAAAAAAUCCAAUUUAAACACACAAUUUGAACAUCGAUUUUAGAUGUGUAAACCGUGCACGCGGUAAACGCGUAAAAGGCGUAUUAUUUUAUGUUAAUGGGCAAUGCAAAUGAACAACCUAGCAUUUUCAACGAUAUUCCAAAAGAAUCGUUGAUAUUUCAAAUAAAAAAAAAAACACGCGCGUUGCGCGUCGCGUACAAAACAUAUUCAAAAAAGUUUUGUUUGCUGCCUAUGUGUAUGUGUGUGUGAAUGUGUAUAUGUGCUGAUGGCUUUAUUAAACAUUAACAUUGCGAAAAAUCAAUACACAUUGUGUUCGUAAGCCUUGUCCGUGUGUGUGUUUGUGUAUAAAGCCUUUAGUCUAAGAUUAUUGUUAAACAAUCAAAUAAAAACGAAGAGAGCGGAAGGACAACGUGAAAAAGGUGUCUGUUUGAUAGAGAAGGUGAAGAAGGGGGGACCUGAAACACGCGCCCAACGCAUUCAACACACGACGCAAGUUAGACGAGUUGCCAUCUUGUGCUUCCAUCACGAGCUUCCAGCGACUUCCAUUGACAUUGCGAAUUGAAGGUUGGAGUCACGUAUCCCAUUUCCAAUUUCGUAUUUCCUGGUUUUCCCGGCCUGGCGAGGAUUGAACGAACGAUUGAAUCAUUGAUCAUCGACUCGCUUGGCGUCGUUCACAAUGAGCGCCGCGACACAAGAGUUUUGCGUGCGAUGGAACAGUCACCUGGGCAGCAUUGGAGCGGCGUUUCCCCAGCUGUUGGCCGGCCAGAGAUUCGUGGAUGUGACGCUGGCCUGCGAGGGACAUCAGGUGCACUGUCAUCGCCUUGUGUUGGCCGCCUGCUCCACAUACUUUGAGGCCAUACUCGCGGAGAAUCCAUGCAAGCAUCCGGUGAUCAUAUUGCCCAGCGAAAUCAAGCUGUGGGAGAUUCAGGCGCUCGUCGAUUUCAUGUAUAAGGGCGAGGUGAAUGUGACGCAGGCGGGAUUGGGACAGCUGUUGCGUUGUGCCGAACAGUUGCGCAUUCGUGGUCUCUACGGCUCCGAGGCGGCCAUCAACUAUAAGCAAUUGCAGCAGAUGCGACAGGAUCUGGCGACGGCAGAGACAACGACAACGGCGGGCGUCACAUCAGUUGCAUCAGGAGGAGCAGCAGCAACAGCGGCAGCAGCAGCCACAGCAGGAGAAGCACCAGCAACAAUAACGGCAACAACGCUCAAGCAAGAGCAUCAGACGGUGCAACAGUUGCAGUUGGACAGCACAGAGACAGAGGAUACGGCAACCAAUUCAACGACAUCGACGACGACGACAAGCACCACAACAGCCAAGCAACAGCAGCAACAGUUGUUCAAGGAGCAGCAGCGACAACAGCAGCAGCAGCAACGACAGCAAACCAAUGGCAAAGAUGCGCUUCAGCUGCAACUGUUGCAACAGCAACAACAGUUGCAACAACAACAACAGCAGCAGCAGCAACAACAACAACAGACAAAUGCAGGUUCCUCGGCGGCAGCGUCAAACAAUUCAAAUGCGCCCACAGAAGACGAUUCAGCGGAUGAUGCGAGCAACAAUUGGAAUGCGUACAGUGAACACUACGAGGACAACAAGCUGAGCGUGCAACUGUUGCAGCAACAACAACACCAGCAACAACUGCAACAACAACAGCAGCAGCAACACCAGCAGCAACAACUGCAGCUGCAACAUCAUCUCGACUCGACCAUCGAGGAUGAUCACAACUAUGUGGCCGCCCACGAUGAGGAUAACGAUAGCAGCGGCUUUGCCGGCAUCCACAAUUCAUCGCAACUGAAUGCCCUCUCGCUGUCAGCGAUGGACACCGAUCUGGAGACAUCGGCGAACACAUCGGGAUCAUCGCUGUUGCACAGCUCCAUCGAGGGCUACACAUCGUAUAAGCGGGUGCGACGCUCGGAGGCAUCGCUGGCCCAGGCAGCCAAAUGCGUCUCGAAGGGUGAAACCUUUCAGACGGUCAGCAACAUGUUCAACAUACCCGUCUCCACCAUACGCUUCUACAUGGCCCGCAAGGGCAUUCUGCCCAAGCGCAAACGUGGCCGUGGCGCCUCCCAUGCCGGCAGCACCAUAACCACCACAAAUUCGGGCGGCAACUCGGCAUCAGCAGCGGCGGCGGCGGCAGCUGCAGCGGCAGCAGCAGCCACAAUGGCAGCAGCCACCACGUUGGGUAGUCUAUCGACAGCCGGAGCUCAUCAUUUACCCCAACAGCAGCAACAACUCCAUCACAACAUGCCGCUGGAUGUGAUGCAAUUGAAACGUUUAAGCAAUGCAGCCGGCGGUGGCGCCACAUCAGCGGCAGCAGCAGCAGCAGCAGCUGGUGGCAGUCCAACAGCGGCGGCAGCAGCAGCAGCGAUGGCAGCAGCUGUGGCAGCAUCGCCGCCCGGUCUUGAGGUGGCAACAGCGGCGGGCGUGCCAUUUCAUUUGCUCAGCGAUGCGGCCGCCUUCAAGUUGAGCGAACAGCAGCAGCAGGCGCACAUAAUCUAACCGCGAGGUUGGCUUCGCUUCCACCUAAUGCAUAUGUGAAACGAGACAAGAGCGAACGAAACGAGAGAAUGAAUCGUCACGGAGGCAACACAAGUUGAACAAAUUCUUUGCGCCGCUUUUAAGCUUACUUUUAAGUUUGUUUUUUAAGCCAGCUUGUAAACCAGCUUUGAAGCGAGCUUUUAAGCAUAAUUUAAAAUGUGCUUUACAGCUUGAUUGUAAACUAGCUUUAUUGUGAACCAACAUUUGCUUUAAAGCUUGAUUGUAAACUAGAUUUUUUUUUUAAACGUGAUUUCAAGCAAACUUUGAAGCUUCAUUCAAAAUUUGAUUUAAAGCUUGAUUGUAAACAAGUUAUCUUUAAAACGUGUUUUAAAACAAGCUUUUAAGCUUUAGAACUUGAUUGUAAAAUAGCUUUGCCUUAAAGCUUGAUUUUAGACUAGAUUUAAAGUUUGCAUUCAAACUAGUUUUGAGGUUUUCCUUAAAAUCAGCUUUAAGGCGAGAUUUU